UGUAAUGAGUGUGGCAAAGCCUUUGCAGAAAACAGUCAUCUCAUGAGCCAUAAAAGAACACACACUGGAGAGAAACCUUAUGAAUGUAAUGAGUGUGGCAAAGCCUUUGCAGAAAACAGUCAUCUCAUGAGCCAUAAAAGAACACACACUGGAGAGAAACCUUAUGAAUGUAAAGAGUGUGGCAAAGCCUUUGCAGAAAACAGUACUCUCUUAAGCCAUAAAAGAACACACACUGGAGAGAAACCUUAUGAAUGUAACCAGUGUGGUAAAGCCUUUGCACAAAACAGUCAUCUCAACCAUAAAAGAACACACACUGGAGAGAAACCUUAUGAAUGUAAUGAGUGUGGCAAAGCCUUUGCAGAAAACAGUACUCUCUUAAGCCAUAAAAGAACACACACUGGAGAGAAACCUUAUGAAUGUAACCAGUGUGGUAAAGCCUUUGCACAAAACAGUCAUCUCAUGAGCCAUAAAAGAACACACAGUGGAGAGAAACCUUAUGAAUGUAAUGAGUGUGGUAAAGCCUUUGCAAAAAACAGUCAUCUCAUGAGCCAUAAAAGAACACACACUGGAGAGAAACCUUAUGAAUGUAACCAGUGUGGUAAAGCCUUUGCAAAAAACAGUCAUCUCAUGAGCCAUAAAAGAACACACACUGGAGAGAAACCUUAUCAAUGUAACCAGUGUGGUAAAGCCUUUGCAGAAAACAGUCAUCUCAUAAGACAUAAAAGAACACAUACUGGAAAGAAAACU